AUGGUGGUGAAGGUAAGUAUUUUUUGGGGAAAAAAUUGAAAAAUUAAAACUCGAAUGCGGUGUCCAAAGUAAAAAAUAUAACAAAAAUGCUAAAAUAUAUCGGUUAAAGUCUGCGUCUCUCGAAUAUACACACUAUUUCUCUGUUCUGUUUUUCGAGUAUAAGGCGAGCUUUGGACGAUAUAUUCUCGCAUUUUUUGCUAUAUUUGUUACUUUGGACAUCGCAGAAGGGGUUCCAUAAACGUGUCAGUAUAAUGUUCUGCUGACGUAUUCUCGGUAGCUUGUGGAAAUUUUGCGAUUUUUGGAAACCAAAGCUUUUAAAAAUGCGUAAGAAAAAAAUCGAUUGAUCAAAGUUUCCGGUGCUGACUCACAAUCAGAACUCUAAAUUUUGGCGCCAUUUUAUUACUUAAUAAUGUCUGCAUCUAACUCAUAUUGAAGCAAUUCCUCAGUUUACAUAUUUGUUCAGUUUGUACUAAUUUCUGAUUCUUUAAGAUAAGAAGAUCCCGUGCACUUAACUAGACUAAUAUAAUAUUUAGUAAAAAAAAUUGAUGGGAAACUUUUCGAUAAGAAAUUUUUCAUCGACUUUUCAUAUUUUUUAUCAGGAAAAAAUUGGUGAUUUCAUUUUUUUGCAUAAGAGAGUAUGAAAAAAUUCCGAACUUCGGAGGUCAAAAUUGAUAAAAAGUGUAUAGCAAGUUCAUAAAAACUUAUUUUUUUAUAAAAAAAAAUUAAAGAUUUUUUGCUGAAAGAUAAAAAAAUUUGCAUAAACUACAAAAAAACAACCUUAUCUUAUCAAAAAAAGCUUCCUGUUUUUAAAAAUAGGUCGAAAUGCUUUGGAACAUUGCCAAGUGUUCAUAAUUUGAAAACAUAACAAUGUAAGCAUGUUUGGACUCUAAACAUUUGGAAAAAUUCCAUUUAAAUUUUGGAAUUUUGGUCCCAGAACUUAGGCAUGUUCAGUUUCAAAAAUGCUCAAAAUUCCAGCCAAAAUUCAAAUUUUCCAGAAUGCAUCUUCGAAUCGAACACCGGAAAAAUCAUUCAGACCAUUUCAAUUGAAUGGAACAAUUGAGGAUAUAUUUGCAAGUAUUCCUCAAAUCAGCCCGAUUUAUAAAAAUUGGUGUAAUCGACAGGAUAUUCAUUUUGGAUAUGUGUAAGGGAUUUUUGAGCUGGAUUUUGAAAUAUUUCAAAAAUUUCGAUUUUAAAGCCAAAGUUUUAGAAAAAAUUAAUUUUUUCACGUGACCAAGACGCAAGAAAUAUUCCACGUUUUUUAAAAAAUAUUUUUCAAAAAUUCUUUAUUUUUGGAAUUUUGAAUUAUAGAAAUGACAGAAAAAUAAAUAUGACUCUCAAGGUGAGUUUUCAUCAAAAAAUUCAAAAACUCAAACUCAGUCUUUGGCUAAAAAAAUCUAAAAAUUUCCCAAAUUUUGCAGCGCAAGAAACCCAUUACAAAAUCAAUCAGUGGAUCAAAUAAUGGAAAGUGUUCGCCAGAAAUUCCAAAGUUCUCGAAUGUCAAUGACAAUUCACAAAAUCCAGGACGAACCUGAACUUUUAAAUGUUUUGAAAAAUGAUUUAUUACACGGAACUCGCGGUUGCUCAAUCAAUCAAUAUGUCGGAGGCGUUGUUUUCGAAGAUCUAGAUAUAUCCCAAAAAUCAUUAAAAUAUAGAUUACUUUUACCAGAAGGAACUGGAAAAGAUUGGAAAUUAGACGAAAUGUGGCAAUUUCCGUAUGGUGGAGAAUCAAAUGUUUAUAAUGUGCCAGUUUCGCCGCCUUAUUGGCCGAGCGGAUUUUUAAGUUUACAACAUUCGAUUGAAACAAGUUUUGUGGAAAAUUCGGGAGGAAGUUCGGAUAAAUCGGGAAUUGUAUUUCAGGCUUUACCUGAACCCGUUUAUCAAUCGAGUUCGAUUAGCGCAUUCAUUUCAAUUUUUCCCACGCUUUUUGCGUUUGUCACUUAUAUUAAUGUUGUUCAUGUUUCGAGAGAGAUUGCCGCUGAAAAUGGAAGUGUUAAGGUAAGAGAGUUGGGAUAAAAACGGUCUGGGCUAGAUCUAUAGCCCUCCAGCUACUCAAAAGUAGCUGCUUGAGUAGCUCGAGCAGAUUAUCUGCUUAUCUACUCGAGUAGCUAAGCACGCUCAUCUGCUCGAGUAGAUAAUCUGCUCAUCUGCUGAGUAGCUAAGCGUACUCAUCUGCUCGAGCAGAUUAUCUGCUUGCCUGCUCGAGCAGUCUACUCGAAAUCUGCUCACUUGUUUUUUGAAGAUGAAUUUGAAAUUUUUUUAAAUGACUGAAAAGUUGUAAGUGAAGUAGGAGAAGCUUGAAUUUCAGCUUUUGGUGUCAUUUUAGGCAGAAGCUGACUUUUAAAGGAAGUAUGCAUGAAAAAUCGAUUUUUAUGAAAUUUGAAAUUUAAGGGUAUUUUGAUAUGGGGAACAUCGUGGUGAGACCCAUUCGGCCCAAAAAUCACUUUUAAAGGACCCCAUCACUCAAAAAAUUUUUUGAAAAUGAGGUAUUUGGGCACGGGGAACAUUUUGGUGAGGUUUACGGUCGGGAACAGAAUUUUAAAGGCGCAUGACAGGCUAUCACACAUUUUCCGAGAUAUUUUUUUCAAACGAUCAUAACUUUUUUAUUUUUUCAGCUUUUUUGAAAUUUCGACAACCAUUUUGACGGGCUCGACGUCGGCUAAAUUUUUUGUGUUGACACCAACUCCCGUACUUCGCUCCUAAGAGGUGAAAAACACGGUUUUGUUCGAAUUUACAUCAAAAAAUGACAUUUUUGAGAGAUGUGAGAGACAAAACCGUGUUUUUCACCUCUUAGGAGCGAAGUACGGGAGUUGGUGUCAACACAAAAAAUUUAGCCGACGUCGAGCCCGUCAAAAUGGUUGUCGAAAAUUUCAAAAAAGCUGAAAAAUAAAAAAGUUAUGAUCGUUUGAAAAAUAUCUCGGAAAAUGUGUGAUAGCCUGUCAUGCGCCUUUAAAAUUCUGUUCCCGACCGUAAACCUCACCAAAAUGUUCCCCGUGCCCAAAUACCUCAUUUUCAAAAAAAAAAUUUUUGAGUGAUGGGGUCCUUUAAAAGUGAUUUUUGGGCCGAAUGGGUCUCACCACGAUGUUCCCCAUAUCAAAAUACCCUUAAAUUUCAAAUUUCAUAAAAAUCGAUUUUUCAUGCAUACUUCCUUUAAAAAGUCAGCUUCUGCCUAAAAUGACACCAAAAGCUGAAAUUCAAGCUUCUCCUACUUCACUUACAACUUUUCAGUCAUUUAAAAAAAUUUCAAAUUCAUCUUCAAAAAACAAGUGAGCAGAUUUCGAGUAGACUGCUCGAGCAGGCAAGCAGAUAAUCUGCUCGAGCAGAUGAGUACGCUUAGCUACUCAGCAGAUGAGCAGAUUAUCUACUCGAGCAGAUGAGCGUGCUUAGCUACUCGAGUAGAUAAGCAGAUAAUCUGCUCGAGCUACUCGAGCAGCUACUUUUGAGUAGCUGGAGGGCUAUAGCUAGAUCUCAUUUCAAAACAAUUUUCAUCUUGAAAAAUGAAAAAUUCAUAGAAUUCAAAUUCAAUGAAAAAAAAACUUGAAAGUUCUCCUAACUCAAUAGUAAUUUUUUAAAUCUUUAUUUUGGGCAAAAAGUUUAAUUUUGAGCACCGAUUUUGAGGUUCGAAAUUCGGCUAAAAAAUAAAAAUUCUAAUUUGAAAAUGCCUUGAACAUGUCACAAGUUUUGGUUUCAAUGUUGAACUUAUAAAUUGAGAAGAUUUUAAAUUAAUCUCAGAGUGGACCCAAAAUUAGAUAACUUAGAAUUUGGACCUCCAAACAUCCCCUAUUUUUCAGCCUUUCCUCACUGCAAUGGGCCUUUCAUCAUUCAUGUUCUAUUUGACUCAUAUUCUUGUCGCUUUUGGAAAAUUCUUUGUUAUUCUUCUUGUCACCGCAAUUCCAUUAUCUUCUGUUAUGCAGGUAACGAAAAAUUCAAAAAUCCUCCAAAACCGUCUAAUUUUUUCCAGUUUGCCAACCCACUCACCCUGUUUUUCGCCAUAUUUUUCUAUGGAUUAGGUGCUUUGACAUUCGGCGCCUUGAUUGCUUCAUUUUUCACAAAUACAAAUUCAGCAAUUAAAACAACAAUUAUAAGUUGGGGAAUAAUGCUAGUAUUAUCAUAUAUGUUCAAACCACCAACUGAACAUAUUUCUCAAUGUUUUUUGUAUGGUUUAAAUAUCAACGGAGCUUUCAAAUUGGCAAUUGAAGCAAUUUCGGAUUAUAUGAAAAGGGAACGAAAUUUAUCGAUUUUUAAUAUGUUCAAUGAUUCGAGUUUCAAUUUUUCCCUCGGAUUUUCGAUUUUGCUCAUGAUUUUUGAUAUUUUAUGGAUGUUUGGGUUGACAUUGCUCAUUGAUUUUGUGAGAAAUUCAGCCGAUUUUUCGAUUUCGAGCUUGUUUUCGAAGAAAAAUGAAGGAGAUUAUACGGAAUGUGAUGGAAUUACUCUUCAGAAUACAAGAAAUAAUGAGCAGGUAAUUAAAGAUUUUGAAAAUUGAAAAAUAUCAGAACCCUUGAUAAGAUUCAGAUGAGUCAACUCGGUCAAUCUUCUUCUCUUCAACCACCAAACAUCGAUUCGGAUGCACUUUUAGAAGGAUCAAAUGAAAUUGAUGGAGCUAGAAAUUCGGCGAAAGCUGGAAUUUCAGUCAAAAAAUUGGUGAAAGUUUGGUCGAGCACUGGAGAAAGAGCUGUUGAUGGAUUGAGUUUUGAAGCGAAACAAGGACAAGUUUCGAUUCUGUUGGGACAUAAUGGAGCUGGAAAAUCGACGACUUUUGCUAGUAUUGCGGGAAUUAUUAAACCGACACAAGGUAAGAGAAUGGAUUUUGGGAAAGAAGUUCUAUCUGAAAUUCUGAGAAAUUUCCGAAAAAAUUGAAUAAUUGAAUUCGUUGGAGCUUUUACUUGAACUUCAACCUGAAAUUAACAAUCGAAAUUUACAAACAACAAUCUCAGAAAGUGUCCUGACAGCCGUCCGCGAGGUUGCGAGCCGUCGAAAGCUAGCAGAGGCUGUCCGCCAGCUCGCAUUCUCAAAAAAGGGGAGGAGCGAGCGCAUCUUCCUCGCCGCCAGCUAGCGCUAGCUAGCAGCUAGCUAGCGGACAGAAAAAUUGCGACUGGAGCAGAUUUGCUCGUCUAUUUCCUUUUUCAUUUUUUUUCGAAUUUUUUGGCCUAAAAUCGUUUUAUGCCUUUUUCAUCGAGAAUUUUCACAGAAAACAUGCAAUCAACGUCGCAAAGUGUUGGAAUGGAGACGGUGCACAUUUCCAGGCACCUUCGUGACAUGAAAAUGUGUUUUUGGUGAGUGCAGAUGAUUUUUAAUUCAGUAAAUUGGUGUAAACCUAUUUUACAGGGCUCUCGAUGUUUGAAGCGAUGUUUUCGACUGAAAUGGCGGGAUGGACGAGCAGCACAACAAUAUUUUUGAUAAAAUUUGUAAGGUAAGGUGGUUUGAAUGAAAGCUUUGGUUCCUAAGUCCCAGUAGUUUUAAAUUCAUGCUCUAGUGUAGGAACAAAUCGAUUUCAUGAGAAAAGAACUCAUUCUAUAUAAACUUCGAAUGGAAAAUUCUAUAUUCAUGUCUGUUAAUCAUAUUCAUCUAGAAAUGUAUUUGAUUGUAUUUUUCCAUUAGUACUUGAUAAAUUAGAAAAUCAUUACUUUUAGAAAAUUGAUAGUGAUAGGAAUAAGUAGUUGCCAAGUAAUUACCAUGUCAUUGUCAAGUCAAGCUCCUAAAUCGCUUGUCAGCACUGACUCACUUUCUACGAAAACCUUGUAAUUUUGGCUCGUUGUGUUUUCUAAACAAUGAACGCUGCCUCAGCAGUCUGUUUUUCAUUUUGCAGAUAAUAGGCUAUAUCUGAAUAUGUAACUUGAAACACUUCAAAAAUGACUCGAUUUUUUCCCAUUUCCCAAUGUCCUAUAUUUUUAAAACUAAGUUUUCAACACGAUUCACAAUUUCAGAUUCUACAAUCAUCGGCAAAAUCUUCGCAGCCUGGAAAACAGCACAAACACCCUCCACACUUCCACACCCACAGGAUUCUGAUAAUUAAUGUGUUUUUUAUUCAAUAAAUUGUUUUAAAAUAAGCUCUAUGAAUUGCGAAAACAACAGGCAAACGCUAGCUAGCAGCGAGAACUGGCGAGGUUUCGCCAGAAAAAUGCGAGAAAUGGACGGCCGUCUGCCGGCUCGCGUGCUAGCUGGCGAGAUUUUCUCGCCGACGGCUGUCAGGACACUUUCUGAGAUCAGAAACUCGACUUGAAUUUCAAGUUUUUAUUUCAAAAAUGAUUUAAAAAACCCCACUACCCCCAUUAAAAUAAAAAAUAUCAAAUUUCCAGGCCGAAUUCUAAUCUGCGACGAAGAAAUUGAAAUCAACCGUCAAAAUAUCGGACUUUGCCCACAAUACAAUCCACUUUAUGAAAGAUUAACAGUAGAGGAACAUCUUUGGUUGGUGAAUGGAUUAAAAGGAAAUGAAACUGGUGAAAAAUUCAAUAUGGAAAUGAAGCGAUUAUUGGAUGAUGUGAAAUUGGAGCAGAAAAAGAAUGAGGUAGGGAUUUGAGGCUAACAUAAGGUUUUUUAGACGAAAAUAAUCGAAUUUCAGUUCGCUAUGAAUUUAUCAGGAGGAAUGAAACGAAAAUUAUGUGUUUGUAUGGCAUUGAUUGGAUCAUCUGAAGUUGUUUUAUUAGAUGAACCAACAGCUGGAAUGGAUCCUGGAGCAAGAAAAGAUAUUCAAGAUUUAUUAGAAAGAGAAAAGAAAGAUCGGUGAGAUUUUCGAGAGUUUUAGGCCAAAAAUUUAAAAUUUUCAAAUGUUUACUUACAAUUAAAAAUCCACCAAUCCCCUUCAUUUCAAAUUUUGCAGAACAAUUUUGCUAACAACACAUUAUAUGGAUGAAGCUGAAAGACUUGGUGAUUGGAUUCUUAUUAUGUCACAUGGUAAACUUGUUUCAUCUGGAACUACUAAAUUCUUGAAACAAAAAUAUGGAACUGGUUAUUUAUUGACUGUUGUUUUGAAUCAAAAUCAAAGAGAUGUCAAAAAAUCUCAAAUCUCACAAAUUUUGGAAGAAGUUUCGCAAUUUUAUAUUCCAAAUUCGACGAUUGGAGAACAUCAUGGACAACAAAUUGAGAUUAUUUUGCCAGUGAAUCAGAAAACACAUUUUAAACCGUUGUUUAAAGCAUUGGAAGCGAUUCAGAGAAGAGAGUGAGUUUUUUUGGAGAGAGCAUAUCUGAAAAAUACUAUGACACGAGUCAAAGUUUCUAAGCUAACAAUUCAAGAAAAAUCAAUACUUAGAAAUCCUGCCUUUCUGUAGAUUCACAAACGAGAUCUUCUCCCAAAUGCCAAAUUCGCUCAAACAAAAUUUGGCAAAUUUGGACUUGUCAAGUUUCGGCCUUCAGAUGAAUACUUUGGAACAAGUUUUUAUUACAAUUGGUGACAAAGUUGAGCAAGCUAUAAUUAGUCGACAAAAUAGUCAAGCAAGUCGAGCUGGAAGUUUGGCUGAAAAUGCUGUAAAUGUAUCAUUAAAACCACCUGGAUAUGAUACUCAAAGUAGCACCAAAAGUUCAGAUUCUUAUAUGAGAUUAAUGGAAAGUCAACAAAAUGGUCCAGAAAGACAAGGAUUUUCAAAGGUUUUGCCGCAAAUAUUGGCGAUUUUCCGCAAAAAAGCACUGUAUUCUUGGAGAAACAAGAGCAAUUUUAUUGGACAAGUUGCAGUGCCAAUUGUGCUUUUGGGAUUGGUUGCAUCGCUUUCGAAUUAUACCGGAGCCGCGAAAGAAGGAGGCCGUGUUUUGGGUGAGAAUUUUGAGGGGGAGUUGGAAAAAUUAAUUUUCCAUAGCUUUUCCAUGGAAAUUACUGUUUCAAAAUUUUUUAUAUCUUUUCUUUAAAAUUUUGAAAAAUCGUUCUAUAAAAGAUUUUCAAUAUUUUGUAAACCAAAAAUAGGAUAAAUUUUCUGAAAAUUUAUUCAUUUUCACAAUCAGAAUUUUCACAAAAAUGUAAUUUUUUGAAAAUUCUAAAAUAAUGAGGAAUUUUCGCAUUUCACAUUUUUUUAAAAAUCAGAUUCACAGUUUAAAAAAUUCAAAAAAAGAGGAUUGUUUCUUAUUUCUGAAAUUUUCUAACAUUUCCCACACAACUUUUUUGUCCGAGAAAAAACUUUGAUUUUGUUCAGGAUUGGAGCAACUUCUCCCAACUCGAGUAAUCUGGAAAUACGACAGUGAAGCUGAAAAUCCGUUUGCUCUCAAAAUGAAACAAAUUCUCGAAAAUACUUCGCCCGGUUUUAUAAUCCAAAACUAUCCGAAAAAUCAACAACUCCUAAAUAUCACUCAAAAUUUGAUUGGAGAAAUGCCAGCCGCUGGAUUUGGAUUUUAUGAAGAUGUUACACUUUUCAAUAUUCGAGAUUAUCAUAUUGUUCCAGCUUUAGUUAGUCUAAAUAAUAAGGCUAGACUUUGGACAGGUUCUGGAUCUCGAUCUGAAGAUAUACCACGAAUUGAAACUGGAAUAUUUUUGUACUCAAAUGAAACAUCGAAAAUUCUAUCACCAACAUCUAUAAAUAUUCUGCUUUCACCAUUGCUCAUAUUAAUUUUCGCCCUGGUUACCUCAAGUUUUGUAAUGUUUUUGAUUGAGGAACGUGUGUCCAAAUUUGGACAUCAACAAUUUUUGACCGGAAUUUCGCCUGGAACUUUUUAUGGAGCAUCAUUUUUGUUCGAUUUUGCUGUGUUUUCGGUGAUUUGUUUGAUAUUUUUGGUGAUGUUUGUGAUUUGGCAAUGGAUGAUUCAACAUUUGGCCAUGUAAGUUUUUUUUUUGUUUUCUGCCUGAAAAAAUGUUUUUCUAAAACUUAUAUAAUUUUUGCAGCGUAAUAAUGUUCUGGUUCCUUUAUUUCUUCUCGUGUGUUCCUUUUAUUUAUGCAGUUUCAUCAAUUUUCGAAUCUCCAUCAAAAGCCAAUGUUUUAUUAGUUAUUUGGCAAGUUGUUAUUUCUGGAGCCGCUAUGAUUUUCACUUUGGUUUUGAAGUUUUUGAUAAAUUUGGAUGAGAGUUUGGUUGAUUUUAUACAGGUUUGAAUUUUGGCCCGAAAAAACUGAUCUCAACCUUAAUUUUUCCAGAAUUUAUGCCUAUUUUUCUUGCCUUCUUAUGCUUUUGGAACUGCAAUUGUUACAAUUAAUUCGAUCGGAUUGUUAGAUCAAAUCAAUUUGUUGGAUUGGGAUAUUUUGGGAAAAAAUGCAGUUUUCAUGGCACUUUUUGGAAUUUCCGCCUCGAUUUUGUUUGUGAUUUUGCAGUUUAAAGUUGUCAGAAAAACAUUGUCGCAGAUUUUAUCGAUUCGAAAAGCGAAUUGUAAUAAUGUUGAGCCGAUUGUGAGUGAUUUUUGGGGAAAUUUUUUGAAUUUAGGGUGGAAAGUGACGUAAGGCCUGAAAAGUUAUAUUUCACGCACUGUAAAACAAUUUUAUUUUUAAAAUUUUUGACCCUUUGUUUUGAAUUCAAGUCUACAUACCAUUGAAGCGAAAAUCGAAUAUAUACUUUUGUUACAACUUUUGCUCUGUCAAAUUUCACAUCUCAAAUUCAUUUUUUAAAAAAUUUUCUUUAUUUUUUCACUGUUUCAAAAAUUAUAUAUCUUUUUUGAGGUUUUUGAAAUAAAAAUGAUUUUCUAUUUUUUCAGUACGACGAGCUUCCAAGAUGUGAUGGAGUUGAAAUUGAAAAAGAAAAAGUGAAAAAUGCGAAUCCAUCUGAAUACGCUCUUUUGGUUCGUGAUUUAUCCAAACAAUUUGGCCGAUUUACGGCUGUAAAUCAAUUAAAUUUGGCGGUUGAUCAAAAAGAAUGUUUCGGAUUAUUGGGAAUUAAUGGAGCCGGAAAAACGACAACUUUUAAUAUUUUGACCGGACAAUCAUUUGCAACAAAUGGAGAAGCUAUGAUUGGUGGAAAGGAUGUGACAGAGCAGAUUGUGAGUGGAUUUGAGGGAUGGGGGAAUUCACGCUAAAUUUUAAAAUUUGAAAAAUUAUGCUCUGAAGUGGACAUCGAAAAAAAUUUCGAAAUUGCAGAGUUCAGUUGAAAAAUAUUGGUCUUUCAAAUUGUAACUCGAAAAUUAUUUUGGCACUCAAAAAAUUAUAACAUAAUUUUUUUGCAGGCUAUUGGAUAUUGUCCACAAUUCGAUGCUCUUCUACUCGAUCUAACAGGCCGUGAAAUUUUAGAAAUCUUGGGACAAAUGCAUGGAUUCAAAAAAUAUCAAGAAAAAGCAGAACUCGUAUUAGAAUGUGUUGGAAUGCGACAAAAUGCCGAUAAAUUGUGUAGAUAUUAUAGUGGAGGACAAAAACGAAAAAUAUCAGUUGGAAUAGCACUUUUAUCACCAACACAAAUGAUAAUAUUAGAUGAACCAACAGCUGGAAUUGAUCCAAAAGCAAGAAGAGAAAUAUGGGAAUUAUUAAUUUGGACAAGACAAAAUUCGAAUAGUGCACUUAUGUUAACAUCACAUUCAAUGGAUGAAUGUGAGGCAUUAUGUUCAAGAAUUGCUGUAUUAAAUCGAGGAAAAUUAAUUGCUAUUGGAACAAGUCAAGAAUUAAAAUCAUUAUAUGGAAAUAGUUAUACAAUGACUUUGACUUUGAAUGAUGUGAAUGAUCGAGAAUUUGUUACGAAUAAAGUUGCACAAGAAAUCCCGAAUUCGAUAUUGAAGACGCCGGAAACCAAUAAAACUGUGAAUCUUGUUUGGCAGGUUCGUGAUUGCUUUUUGAGGGAUAUGAAAUCAAGCAAAGUAGUUUUUUUGUUCUGAUGUUUUUGGUUGAAGUUUUUGAAAAUUGUUUUGUGGAUCUAGCAAUAUAUUUGCCCAAAAAACCAUAUUUUCUAUUUUCAGAUCCCAAAAAAUCCCAGCGAUCAAUGGUCGGAAAAAUUCGAACAGGUCCAAAUUUUGGCGAAAAAAUUGAAUGUAAAAGACUAUAUUUUAUCACAAUCGUCUCUGGAAGAGACUUUCCUUCGUUUGGCUGGAAUCAAUAAUUCCUCCACACAAACACAAAAUUAUUAUUCACUGUAA